AAAUUGCUCAGUGUCAACCUGGAGCACGUGGCUCCGCCUACUCUCUAUUUAAUCCCCCUACGUCACCACCGCAGCUUCACACUGGAACUUGAUCUUGAGUGAGAGGAUUGAUUUCAUGAGGAAAAACUUUGGACUAAAGUGUUUAUGCAAAGCCGUCUCCUCCUUGUUGUGAAGCUUUGGAUCCAAACCCAGCAUCCGGCUCCUGUCCGUCCGUUUGGGCCCCCUCCCUCUGAGACUGAAGGUGUGAAGUGGACCCGGAGAUGCGCUCCUUCCUCCCGCUCACUGUCUAUUGCAUCAGCCUGCUUUCCCUGCAGCAGCUGUUGGCUUCUCCGGCCGGAGAGCGUCCUGGCGCAGACAGGGAGGAUUUCUUCAGCAAACUUGUUGCCCAGCAAACACCUUUGUCCUUUGCUUCAGGAAGUCGUACCGACACCAUCGCCACAUCUCCCUCCCCCAGCCCAUCCGGAAAAUGGAAGUCUGGUUUCUUGAGACAAAUCAAGGCAUUCCGCCUGAAAGCAAUGUCUCCCAACACAGCAGAGCGGAAUCCUACGCAGAGGGCGCCCCAGCAGAGGGCGCUAAGAACACGGCGCCAAACACACCCUCGAGGGGUCCAUCAAUACCCCCAUAAUGCUCAGCUGAUGAGGGUUGGUUGUUUCUUGGGAACAUGCCAAGUCCAGAACCUCAGCCAUCGUCUAUAUCAACUUGUUGGGCAGAAAGGUAGAGAAGAGUCAUCCCCCUUUAACCCAAAGAGCCCCCACAGUUAUGGAUGAGAAAGAACCCAGAGCACCUCGCACAAGUCUCCUCUGUUUCUUAUCUUUAAAUGUCUUAGUUGCAUUAAAAAACGUUGGGUAGAAUGUGGGGACGUUGGGUAAUACGUGUGUUCCACCCAACAUAGUUAAGUGGUGCCUUUACCCUCAGUACUUGAUUCUAAGUGAUUUAGACUAAAUCACUCCACCCAGAGGGGGCAUUUGCCUUUUUAAAAAUUUCCACCUGGAUCUCUAAAAGGCCAAGAGGCUUCAGACUGAUCCUGCUAAUAGAAGACAGUUCUUUUUACAAGUGCCCUGUAUGCUGACUGACCUCCUGUAGCUCACUGAACCAUCGCUUAAGCCUUCCAUGGGACUUUAACCUCGCAGCGUGAGCUAGAGCUUUGUCAGAGCCCAUCUUCUUCCAAGCAGAUGACAUCCAUGAACCCCUUCAUCUGUCCAGUUUAAAUAGGAGUCUUCAUCAUCCAGAAGGACUCCACGGAUAUGAACUGUCCAGACUUUUUCCCAUAAUAAGCUAAAUCUUAACAGGAGGAGUGUUAGCGUGCAGACACAAAGAAAACCAGUCACAUAAUGAUCAGUUUGAUUUUGAGCUAUUACAGUGGCUGCUGCGCUGGCAAAGUCUUUGGCAAGUCCAAACGUGGAGCUCUGGAUUAACAUCAUUCUCCCUGGUUGGACUUUAUGAACCUAACACGAUUACUUUUGUCAGAUAUUUUAGCAUGAAAGAGGAGGUCAAUGUGCCUUCUAUGGGGUCCGGUGCUUAAGUAGUUUGCACAGUUGUUCAACCAUGCAGGUCUGUCAUCUGGAUGUCGAAGGACUGAUUCCCCAAAAUGCCAGCAGGAAAACAAACACUAAAUGUUGUUUCGUUUGUAACACAUUUUUAUUUUCCUUCCUGCUGGUGGGUUAGAGGUGGUUGGGACCCCAUUUGGUGUGGUGUUCCAUCAAACCCUUCUUAUGCCCAGAGGCCAUAAUGAUGUGCUACAAGUUGCCAAAGGAAAAUGGCAAUAAAAAUGGCUUCAGAAACACACCAAUCAGUUUUUUCUUGUGCCAUAACUGUUACAAAUCUGGUCUAAAAGAGGCAGAAGGGACCAAAAUGUUUCAAGAAGGAGCAGAAAAUAGCAGAGCACUUGCAAAAACACAUGCUUGUAGUCCAUUUAUGUCUCUCUCUAAAACUGGGUGGACGAGGAAAACAUCAGCCUUCAAUUUUCUGUACCAUAAAAACACUAAAGCAUUUCCCUGUUCGGUAGAAAAUAGGAUUACACUGCUAGGUUUGAAGGCUGUGGAUCUUUGUAGGACUAAAGAUCACUGUAAGAGUUGUUUGCGUAGACUUUCACUUUAUUUACCCUUAAAUAUGGUCAGUUAAUACCUGGUAAUGCUUGACUAGUUAAUUUUCCAUUCUCUCGUCUUGUGAUGUGUUUUUAUCCCACCACCUCUGUUUGUGCUCUAAUCUUUGGAGGUCACAGGGUCACAAGUCCUUGCUGAGGGGACUCCUGCCUUUCUCUCGGCUGAAUUGUUUCAUCCCAUUAAAAUGGUUUGAACAUUUUCAGAAGAAGCCCGGUGGAUUGUUCCAUUAUUUAAAGAGAUUUUCAACCUUCAGCAAAGGUUGCUUCUUUUGGGACGUCAACUGUUGCGUCAUGCUCUGCUUUGUAGAGUUUUUGGAGUGGGCAGAAAGUGUUUUUUGUUAGCUUUGCGAGUCACGUGACCUCCUUUUAAGUCACAGGAAGCACUUUAAUGUGACCGUGUUGAUGUUUUGUCACUACUUGAACUUCACUCAAUGUCAAAACUUGAGAAAGCUGGAUGAUGUCCUUCUGCCAACGUUGCUUUGAGAUUGUCUGCAAAUGUGUUUGAAAAUGUCAGUGCACUCCGUCAAGAAGAAUGCACCUGUGAAGAAUCCAAAUAAUAUGUUAAACCAAAGUAUUUAUUUUAUUUUAAGUAUUUAAGUUAUCUCUGUAUGUUGUUACCUGUAUGGCUAUUUAUCUUAUCUUUGCUCAUUUAAAUAUGAUAGGAAGGAGAGUUGUGAUUGUUAUUGUUUUAUUGUGUCUUUAGGUUUGUAUAAUAAAGAAAUAUACAAAAGAGGAUCAUUUAAA